CGCCGGCUUCCGACUCCGCUUCUCCGCAAACGACUAGGUCUUCCGAGCCCUAAGGCCGAGAAGUAGAGCAUACACAGCAGCUACAGCAGCAUCAUCAUGGCCCUGGAGACUAAGGCGUCGCUGGCGACGCUCGCGCAGGCGCAGUACCAAGGGUUCACGCAGUUGCUGCAGACGUUCGAUGGGCGCGUCCACGAACACGAGACGCUCUUGGGCGUAAGCCCCAUGACUGGCAAGUUGGCGUCUGGCAUCGAUACAGUGGACAUGGGGUCAAACACGUAUCGUUGGUCAUGAUGAGGCGACCGCUACUGCACAUGGCGCAACCGAGCACGGAAGCGCAUGGGGCGACCCGAGCUCGGAAGUGCAUGGCGCACGCAUCUACACGCAUAUUCCUUGACAUUGCCUAUGCACCUGUGGCCGGAUGAUUCAUAUAUGUUUCGUGUCAGGCCUGUGGGAAGCGCAAGCGCACGGAGAAUGGCAAGCCCAUGUACACGACCGCGCGCCCGGUCAACAGCCAAGAAACCACGCUCCUCGCCAUCUGCGACAAGGACUGCAUCCUUCUCGAGGGGCCAAACUGCAUUCCCGACUUUAUGGCUCUGUUUGCCAGCGCCAAGACGGAACCCGACCAGGCCAAGCUCUUGCACGUACUCGAGGCGACGGCCAAGAAGGGCACGCCGCACGCGGCCGCCGUGGUUGCUGCUUUUGAGAGCACGGGCGGCAUGAAGACGGCCAAGGCAUGGCUCGAAGCCGCCGUGGCCUUCAACCAGACGACCUUCCUGCACCUCGUCUUGACGGUGCUGAAAGCGCUGCCCGUGACGCUCGCGAGCAUCACGGAAGCGCGCAUCAACGAGCCGAUCGUCGCGCUGCGCAAGUCGCCGCCGAACGACGUGGUGAAGCGGUCGGCCCAAGACCUCCUCAAGUCGUGGCGCACCAAGUUUACAGAGAAGCCGGCGCCUCCUGCCAAGGGCAACUCGAGUCCGCCAUCGAAGCAGUCGUCCCCGACAUCGGCAGCCGCAACGCCCGUGGCCGCAGCGCCGGCCGUCUCGGCCCGCGUGCCCACGAAGAGCAACACGCUGCUGACCAACCUCCUCAUGAAGCCCAAGGAAACCAAGAUUACCAAGGCCAAGGACACAACGCUGACCAAGAUGCUCCAGCAAAAGCAGCUCAAAGACAAAGAAGGUGUCUCGGCGGCCGCAUCGUCGCCGAUCGGGAAGGGCCUCGCCCUGCCCGCGAUUGUAAGCUUUGGCGACGUCAAGACGACCGACGCACCGGCCGUCACGAGCAAGAAGCGCAUCCGUUGGGCCGACAACCACGGCAAGGACCUCACACAGGUCAAGCUCAUCGAGUCAUGGCGCGACAUCGUGUACCACACGGAAGCCGACGACGAGCUCGCACCGCCGCCGGCCGCCGCGCCGCACCACGACAGUUUCAAGGACGCCAAGCUCCGCGAGCACGCCAACGAAAAGCACGCCUUUCAGCAUAAACACACAGAGCGUCUGGCGCCCAUCAAGCCGACGAUGGAGUGGCGUACGCCGCUGGUUAUCCAGCUGCCGCACGACGUUGCGGGCCGCGUGGCCGACCACACAACGAACGAAACGACGGCCCAAGCGGCGCGGACGCGCAAGGACGUCGAGUGGAUCUUGCUGGGCAACGAAGUGCCGCCGUCGACGCCGCACGAGUGGACGCGGUCGUCGGCCGAUGUGUUUUUGGGGCCGGCCGCGCGCAUUGCGCUCGCAGAUGGCUCGCCCGAAGACCACCGCCACGAUGUAUAUGCGCCGGUGAUGGCGGCCGACACGGCGACCGUGGCCAGUGUCUUGUCGACGCUGGAGAAGACGACCGUGGCGCUCCUCUUGGACAACGAGCACGUGCUGGCCCAAGUGUACGACGAGGUGUUGCGCACGCGCCGCCGCAUCUCGGACGCGCGCAUCUGUGAGAUUGUCGAGGCCAGUCGGUCGACGCAAGGCUACCAUCACCAUAACAGCUAUAGCACAGAAAGUUCGAGUAGAAAUCCGUCGACGUACGUCGAAUUCGGCGCCAAGAAGCGCGGGUAUGACGGCGGGUACAGCGAGCCCGCGGGGUAUGCGGCCAAGCGCCACCAGCCCGCGGCGCCCAUGUACAGCCCGCCGCCGUCGUCGUAUGCGUCCGAAACCGACGCUGCCUUUGGCCGUUCCGCACCGACAACGGACCGACCGCGGUACCGCAAGGUGCCGUGCAAGCAUUACCGCACGCCGCGUGGCUGCAAGAAGGGCGACGGGUGCCCGUUCGUGCACGAGGGCGCGCCCAGCCACAUGCAAACGGGCGGGCGCCCGUCGGCCUUUGACAAUGCGUACGGUCGGGGCGGCUACGGCAACCAAGCUCGACCAACCAACGGCGGCCGCGGCUACUAGGUUAGGACGACUAACGUAAUUUAGCAACCACACGGGGAAAGAUAUCGCUUUUUACACAUAAACUAACAUGAAUGACGGAAUGACUACGCC